UAGCUCUCUCCCCUCUUUAUAAGCAGAUCAAGAUUUUGACUUUCAGCCAGGCAGCUACGCAGAAACUCGCAAACCAGCAAGCAGAUGGCAAACGAAGCCAAGCCGUGUCCCUGCGAUAUUGGUGAUCGCAUGGAGUAUGGAGCGCUCGGCCAGGAGGUCCAGAUGGAGCACUUUAAAGCUUAUGUAGUAAAACCAUCCACUGCAUCCGACAAGGCUAUCAUUGUCAUUCAAGACAUCUUCGGUUGGCAGCUUCCCAACACCAGAUACAUGGCUGACAUGCUUGCUGCUAAUGGAUACAUAGCCAUUUGUCCAGACUUCUUUGUUGGAAAGGAACCUUGGAGUCCAACAAAAGACUGGUCCAACUUUCAAGAGUGGCUUCAGGACAAGAAGCCGACAGCUAUUAACAAAGAGGUGGAUGCAGUGCUGAAGUUCCUGAAGAAUCAAUGCGGAGCCAAACAUAUCGGAGUAGUAGGCUUUUGCUGGGGAGGGGUUGCCACACAUUACCUGGCCUUACUGUAUCCAGAGAUUAAAGCCGGAGUGUCUGUUUAUGGAAUAGUUAGAGAGAGAGAGGACAGGUAUGAGCUGAAGAGUCCAACACUGUUCGUCUUUGCAGAGAAUGACAGCGUUAUCCCUUUGGACCAGGUGAGUGCUCUUGAAGCCAACUUGAAGGAGAAAUGCAAAGUGGACUACCAGGUGAAGAUAUUUCCUGGUCAGACUCACGGAUUUGUCCACCGCAAGCGAGAGGACAUCAACCCCGCUGACAAACCCUACAUCCAGGAGGCCAGAAAAGACCUGCUCAACUGGCUCAACACGUACAUGUAAAUAUGAAUGCCAGGAAACACCUUAAAACUCUGCUUUAUAUAAUCAUAUCCACAAUAAUUAAUCAGAACAUUAUAAGACGAUCUGUAAGAGGUGCUCAUAAUGAGUCUUUCUGUUGGUUUUGUCUGAAUAUUGAUGCCUGUGUCUUAUGGAAGCUUGUAUCAGCAACUGUUUUUUGCCAUCCGUAAAUCAAAAUUUCAGGUUAUUGUAUAUCUGACUGCAAAUUUGGUUUGAAACUUACUAACUCCAUAUUGACAAUAAAGACCUUCAAAGGUA